GCCAUCAAGAGAAACAAUGAAAAUGAGAGUUGCACAGUAAAUGAAUUACAGUGUUGACUGAUGAGAGAGAAAUCAGAAAGACAGCGAACGAAUCGCUAGCUCCCUCUUUGCAUACGCUUUCACUGCUCUGCACAUUAUCACCAACAACACCUCCACUCGACGGCUCCACCACCAACAACAACCACCCAUCUCUCUUUCUUUCUACUGAUGAAGCUGACUUUAGAUUCUUGUGAUUUUGUUCUCUGGUUCCGUUUCUUACAUCGUUAAGAUGAUCGAGAUGUGUUAAACUGGGUUUAUAUUAUUUGGUGAAAAUAAAAUUUCCCGAAAUGUAGUUAAAAGAGUUUAAUUUUAGUUUUCAAGCUUGAAACUUUAGUUUUCUCUUUUUUAGUCUCUACAUCCAAUUGUUGAAGAUCUUUAAAAGUUUAGAUUUGAUGAUUUUUUUAUCAAAUCUUAUUACAAACCCAUGAAGAAAUUUCAAUGGUUGAAGCAAAUCUCCAUUAAUACCAAACCUGAUAAGAGGCUCUCUCUCAGUGAAUAUAAGAGAGCUAUUUCAUGGUCCGAGUAUGUAGUCUCUUCCGGUGCAGCCAUAAAAGGAGAAGGGGAGGAAGAAUGGAGUGCAGAUAUGUCACAGUUGUUUAUUGGAUUUAAAUUUGCUUCGGGAAGGCAUAGUAGAAUCUACAGAGGGAUAUACAAGCAGAGAGAUGUGGCAAUCAAGCUUGUUAGCCAGCCAGAGGAAGAUGAAAGCUUGGCUUCUUUUCUGGAAAACCAAUUCACUUCAGAGGUGGCUCUCUUGUUUCGAUUAAAGCAUCCUAAUAUUAUCACUUUUGUUGCAGCCUGUAAGAAACCUCCAGUUUUUUGUAUAAUCACUGAGUAUCUAGCUGGAGGCUCACUAAGAAAGUACCUUCAUCAGCAGGGGCCACAUUCAGUUCCACUCAAACUUGUUCUGAAACUAGCGCUUGACAUUGCCCGUGGCAUGCAAUAUCUUCAUUCUCAAGGAAUACUUCAUAGAGAUCUCAAAUCAGAAAAUCUGUUGCUUGGAGAAGAUAUGUGUGUGAAGGUAGCAGAUUUUGGUAUUUCGUGCUUAGAAUCUCAGUGUGGUAGUGCUAAGGGAUUUACAGGCACUUAUCGCUGGAUGGCACCAGAAAUGAUUAAAGGAAAACACCAUACAAAGAAAGUUGAUGUCUACAGCUUUGGCAUAGUUCUUUGGGAGCUUUUAACUGCAUUAACACCAUUUGACAACAUGACUCCAGAGCAAGCAGCAUUUGCAGUCUGCCAGAAGAAUGCCAGACCGCCCUUACCACCGACAUGCCCAGUGGCUUUCAGACAUCUGGUAAACCGUUGCUGGUCAAGUAAUCCAGAUAAACGACCACAUUCUGAUGAAAUAGUUUCGAUUUUGGAAAGUUAUUUGGCAUCCCUGGAGGAGGAUCCAGAAUUUUUAUCAAGUUUUGUACCUUCCCCUGAUCAUACGACUUCAAGGUGCUUACCAAAUUGUAUUGCAUGGCAUCGUUCUGCUCAUUCUAAGCCUCUGAGCUCUUCUUAAAUUCAAUGUGAUGCUAAAUAUAGCAUAUUUUCAAUUGUCUAGGUUUAUACAAACUUUCAGAUGUGCAAUUAGAUUGUUUACUGCUUCAAGCUUUUUGUUUGUGUCAAGUAUAUGUGAAUCAGAGUGUAGCUGCUGGUUUUCCAUUGUACGUAACCCAUUCUUUUUAAAAUUGACAUGGCAACCAAAGGUUGAAAUUUAAGGAAACAUCAAUAAACCUGUACAUAUUGAUCCUUUCAUCA